GCCCUUCGGAAAUUCAAAAUUUGCAUAAAACCAGCAGCAUCCGUUCGCCAGCGGCUGUGCGCUAAACUUCCAUUCCAGGACUUUAAACUUCAUUUCAUCGGCUUUGAGAAUCUCCCGUAGGUUCAGAGAAAAAAAAACCAUUUGACCAGACAAAACAAAGAUGAACCGUUUGCGGAAGAGUUUUCGGCGGUCAAAGGAGCCGCAUGUUCCAGAGUGCAGCAAGCCUCACCAGUGGGAAGCAGACGAGAAGGCCGUACGGAGUGGAACCUGUAACUUCCAUGUCAAGUCGGGGAGGAAGAAGACGAGAGCGGUACUGUGGGUCACAGCAGACGCACUCAGAGUAGUGGAUGAAGACAGCAAGGGCCUGAUAGUGGACCAGACGAUAGAGAAGGUUUCCUUCUGUGCGCCGGACAGAACGUAUGAGAGAGGCUUCUCCUACAUCUGCAGGGACGGCACCACGCGGCGAUGGAUGUGUCAUGGCUUCAUGGCCAUCAAGGAUUCUGGAGAGAGACUAAGCCAUGCUGUAGGCUGUGCGUUUGCAGCAUGUCUAGAAAGAAAACAGAAGAGGGAGAAGGACUGUGGAGUGACAGUGACUUGGAACGCGGACAAGACGUCCUUCACACGACAGGGUUCAUUCCGCCAGACAACGAUGACUGAGAGAAUGGACCAGGAGGACCUGGAUGCAGAGGCACAGGGAGACGCAGCUUCACCUGGGACGCCUGCGAAGGCCUCGGCUGUUCAGACAGCAGCCAUCCCCCGGCAGCAGGCUCCGCUGUCCACAGUAGCUCUGCAGAGACAGGGUUCCUUCCGCUUCUUCCCCAAGCUUAGCAGCAAGUCCUCUCCGUUCAAACGCCAGCUGUCGCUCAGACUAAACGAGCUUCCGUCGAACCUGCAGAGGAAGGAGCAGCCAGACGUUGCACCUGCGGCACCCCCACCCCCUGCAAAUGGUACAAUCCAGGAAGUAGCCCAGCCUGCACCAGAGGACAGCAUCAGCGCCAUGUGCAAGAUGAUCCAGUCUGACUUGUUCACCCUCAGCAGCACAGACGACCCCUUCACAUCAAUAAGUUCCUCCACUGGCACUGCUACUUCCCAGCCACAGACUAUAGUCACCCAAUUCCUGACAUCAACUGCCAAGACAGUUGCACAUCAGUUGCAACCUAUAGUCCAAGCUCAGUUUCAGCAGCACAGGAUUGCCCGGCCACGCCCCAAGGCCAGGCCACCCCCACCCGUGGAUGUAUCAGCAUAUGUGGAGGCUGAGCAGCAUGUCCAACCACUAGCCCCAGCCCAGCCUCCAACUGCUGUGCAGCAGCAGAUGGCCAGCCCACCUCAGGUGCAGACCCAGCUGCAGCCGACGAUCAGCGGCACCCCAGCAGCUCUGUCUCCAUCUGGGUCCAGCUCUACAUCAUCCACCUUCUCACCUGUCCAUCAAGUGAACGGAGUCCCCUCACCUGCAAGUGGAGCGUCUCCCAUCGCUGCGAGGUCUCAGCCGCAGGCCGUCCCCAUCAAGCACAACAACCCCUGGGCUGCAGAGGUCCUGGCAGCCUCACAGCUGGCCAGCCAGUCCCCGAGGGACGACAGUGUCUGGGUGAACGCACCUCCCAUCCCCCCUCCACGGCAGAAGUCCAUGUCAGAUGCAGAUGCAUGGCUGGAGAGUAUAACAAAAAGCGUUUCUGGCCCCGCUCUUCAACAGCAACACACAGAGCCUUUCAACCCACGGUCAGUCAAUGGAGACACGAUAAGAACUGGUCCGAGUCAGCCGUUUGACCCGUUCGCAGGUCCCAUGACAGGCAAUGCCCAGUUCAGACCGCAACAAACCCCACCCAUGCAUUCCACAGUCAGGACCAACGUCAGUGCUUCGGCGUACAGUCCAGCCUCUACCCAGCUUGGACAGCAAACCUUCACUGCAACGUCCAACAUAAGCAAUGGCAGUAUAAGUGACCCGUGGCCAGGACAGACCCAGCCGCACCUGAAUGGACAGAGAGACCCAUUCCAACCCAUGGCACCAACACAGCCAUACGACCCCUUUGCAGUACCGUCGGUAGAAAAGACUUUUGAAUUGCAAUUGUAAACCACAGUAGCUGAUCUCCAAGUCCCAAAGUCAUAAAAACAUAUCAGUUUGCAGUGCACUGGAUCAUAAUGACACAGUAUGUGGAGUAAGGACUGAUGCUCCAGUGUUGUUCAUUGCAUGAGUCAUCUACUUUUGGUUACCCCAAUGCUGUUGACAACUGAGCAUGUUUGUAGUGUUGGUGCUCUAGACUUCCUUUUAAAAUGCUUCAACAUUAAAACCUUGAAUCGCAGCCUGAUCUCCCCCAGAAUGCCAUUACAAGGCUAUGAUCCUCCAUUGCAACACUAGUACUCCUCUUACAGGCAUGAACAUCUGCUUUUCACACUGCCUAUUGCUCUCAGCUAGCCUUGAUCCUACAGUGGUUUGUGAAUUCAUCUGUAUAUAUUUUAUCUGAGAUAAACCACUACUCAAACAUCAGUUUGGGAUCCUUCAACCAGAGAAAUCUUUCAAUGUGAUUCUCAAUUACCAUUGCUAGUUGAAAUACAAAGAAAAUGAAGCAUUAGAAUUUGAGUUUUAACUAAUUGCUUGCUGCAGUGCACUUACAGUGUGUUACUGUUUGGUGAUUUCAAUCAGUUUAAGGCUCAAAACACAUUUGUAUUCCUUACUUGCCUCACUUCAAGCAGCUUUGGUGAAAGGGGAGAAUAACAGAUUUUCAAGUUACUGAAUUGACUCUUAAAACUUGCAACCAAAGUACUUUAAGUCUAGGUGGCUGAUGGUGCAUCACUUAGAGUGAGGAUUCUUCUCCAUUCCAUCAUACACUUAUGUCUAAAGUUCCAACUGGCAGACGAACAUAGCUGCUCCCCAGAAACCUUGGGUAGUAAGGCAGAGUCCCCAGCGAGCUAUGGCUGGUCCAGUCUCUACUGUACACAGAUUUAAAACAUAGGUAAAAGAGCUUCUGUCACCAUCUUGUUACAAGCAGAUUGACUAUGGUAAGAUUCCUGGGAAGGUAAUGUUUAUUAACUGGAGAGUUCAUGUAUCUGGCAGGCAAAGUAGCAGAUACUAGUAACUGCUCCAUUGCCAGCAUGGUAAACUACAGGUGCAACCGCAAGUGUUGUGUUAGAAUCAUUAACAAAAAAUAAGAAGUGGUCUUCCUUAAUAAUGAAAGGAAGAAGUGAUUCUGUGCAUAAAUAUAGGUUAAGAUGUACUUGUUAAAAUGAAGGAGAAUUCAAUUUGGUACUACUAUGUCAUCUGGUCAGUUGGUAGAUUUAUCCACAUAACUAGAACUGUAGGACUGACUGCUUGUACAACUGUUAAUGAGACAGGGCAGCUGUCUGCCUGCACAUGCCUGUUUUUUUCUGAUGUUAUUAAAAUGUGCAAGCUGUCAGGCACACUUGUCCUUUUAACAUUUCCCAGCUGUCAAGAAACCAGUCUGUGUGGUGUUGAUGAUGAUCAUUAGGGGCUCAGAAUGUAACAAUGUGAUUUUAGUUCAAUGCACCAUUGAAUUAUGACAAGAAAUAGUUGUACUUUUCUUGGUAAGACACUGAGUAAUCAGGUAUCCAAUUUGAAAUCACAGUGAGGGCAUAGGCUCGGAUUGAUCAAAUCAAGGAGCAAAUGUCGACUGAGUUGACAUGAUGAUUAAAAGGAUUAAUUAUUGCUGCUGUCUCAUCAUAUAUGGUGAUGGGCUUUUAUUUUUGCAGGUUUUGCUCAAAAUAUUAUUUGUAGUCCUAAUGUUUGUAGUGAUCACCCUAAUAUGUCAAUUGAGAAUAUAAGGGCAUGUUAGUGAAGUCAGCCUGCUACAACAAUCAAAUCAAAGUGGCAGGCUGUUGGAACAAACUUUGCCUUUUGUACUGUUAUGUCUCUGUACUCAAUGUCACUGGGUCUUAGCAGGAAUGAUAGUCUACAGAUUACCCAGCUUAUGUAAAUGUUACAACUGAAUCAUUUUACAGGAAUGCCUUUUAAGGCUUGUACAUAUGAGGAUUUGACACAACAGGCUCUACCUUUCUGAUGGGGUUAUGUGUAUUUACAGCCUUUUUUUGCUUUUAUCUCAUAAUGACAAUCUUUUGAUUGAACUCUGCCAUCAAUUUUGUAGUUAACACUAUUUUGUGAUCAUUUCGUUUAUUAACAUGGCAAAUAUUUUACCAUUUUAAUCUUUGAACAGAAAAUAUAUUUAGUUAUAAAGAUUAUUUUAAAGCUGAAUCGGUGUAUGUAUGGGCUAAAAUGUUGAUAAUUAGGAUGCAACCAGUCAUUUCUUUGUAGUUUUUAUAUCUGUUAAUGUGUACCUUCAGUUAGCCCUGAUGUUGGUUGAUUUCUAAAAAAAGUAAAGAAGAAAAAUCAAAAUCUUUAUGUGUUCUUAACAAUCUGUCAUUUGUGUAUUCUGGAUUUUCUGUCAGUAGUAUUUAGUUUUUUGGUUUGCAGGUCACCGUAGUAUCAAGAAGACCAUUUCAAAUGACAUUUCAGAAUGGUGAUGUAGCAGGUGUUCUUGGUGUGCUACUUUUGUUUUCCAGUUUUGCUGCCAACAGCCCAGGAAAGGUUUGUAGCUUGUCUAGAUGAGGAUUUUGAAUAACUUAGUGAUAUUUUAUGCAAUCAGGAAUAUUUACCAGGACUUUCUGGAACUCCUAGCUUGUGAAUAGAAACUCUGAUUCUAGGUUAUUUAUUGACAAAACUCAUUGUUUUGUAUGAAUGGUAGCUAAUCUAUGUGAAUCUUGUAAAUAGCCUCUUCAUUGCAGUACUGUGAGAUACAAAAGCGAGUUAAGCUAAGUCAUCUCUGUUAGCCUCUGUGUGAUGUCUGAAUAAUUCUGUGCUGCAACUUGUAGUUGCACAACAUUCACAAGGGUACACAUGUACUUGUGCUAUCCUGUACAAUUCAUUUUUAAGUCUCAUUCCCUACAAUGUGUCCUUACUAGAUGAGUCAGUGUAGGGUCGAUCAAACUCAAACAUUGUUUCAGACUCACCAACUUACAUGUAGCUACCUGUGACAUAGUAUUAAAACGUGACUCCCCAACAUUAGGCAUAUGGUGCUCUCCUUAGGUUUUUAAUGUUACUUUUGUGAUGAAAGAGGCCACCAACAAAAAUGUUGUGCACUCCACAGUAGAUAGGAACCUACCUUGUAACUCUUUUCUAGUUGUUUCACCUCUAACAAACUCUGUACUUGUCAGUUUUUCCUAUGUGAGAGAUAUGGAUAUUAGGCUGCUUUGCCAAUAAACUCACCCUCUCAAUGACUAUAUCAAUGAAAUCAUUGAAGUUAUUGUGUGUCAUUGAACAUGUUAUAAAAUAAGAAAGAUUAGGUUUCCAAGACAAUGGAGUGAUCAGUUCUGCUAUAAUAUAUAAAUACAGCAGAAUCAGAGAGUUUUAUUUGGUUAAUGUGUUUUGUUGUAUUUUUUUUUUGGUUAAAAGAAUUUCUUGCUAUGCAUCAUGAUAUCAGAAGUUGCCUUCAAAGCUCAACGUGGUGGUUCAAAAGAGACACCAUACAGCUGACUGAAGUACUGCAACCAGUAUCCAUUACUGUAUUUACAGAGCUCUAACUUCUUGUGUUUUUUGUCUGCUGGAAUCAAGUUUGGAACCAGGCUUCAACAGUAAAUAGAUACUUUUGUGACUGUUUCAGAACAUUUUUCAGUAUUGACAACUGGUGCUGUUACAUACAUGUAUGUCAUCUCAGGGAAAUGAGAAAUGUAGUUGUGCUCGUUUAUUCCAUCAAUAUACAUGUUUGUUACCACACACAACUUUUAGCAAGUUUCCUACCAGCUAGGUUGGCAAAAACUUUUAUAUAUAUAUUGAGAGUCUACCUCUUCGUACAGAUUGCGACUUAGAACAAUCAACAUAUGCAUGUCACUAUCAUAAAUCUUUUCUUUAUCACAUCUGAUAACAAAAUUUAAAAAAUCAUAUCUGUGUACUACAUGUAGUUCUCUGGUACAUGUAAUGUGGAUUCUGAUGUCAUUUGCUACUUUUGAUCCCUAGUCUCAUGUAGAUCACUGG